AUGGUCUUGGAAGCGAUUCGAUAUGAGGCCGGCACGGCUUCAACGCCACCGGCCUUGCAAAUCCUCGAUCAACUUCAGCUUCCUCAUCGGACGACUUUUCUGGACAUCACCACAUGCGAGGAAGCCCACGAUGCAAUCAAAACGAUGAAGGUACGGGGUGCCCCUGCGAUUGCCAUCGUGGCGGCCCUGGCACUUGCGGUGGAAACGGGAAAGUUAUUGACCGAGUCCAAACUACCGUCUUCGGCCGCAGAUGUCAAGCAGAGAAUCAAUCAGCGGCUGGAUUACCUGAAGACCAGCAGGCCGACGGCUGUCAAUCUCGGCGACGCAGUGGGCAAGCUGAAGAGCAUUGCAGAGAAUGCCACCAUCAGUGCUGACGCCGGAGGGAUCGCGGUCGCCCAAGCAUAUAUUGUCGGCGCCGAACGCAUGCUCGUGGACGAUGUGUCCGACAACAAGGCGAUCGGUGAACACGGCGCUCGCUGGAUACAUGCGAACACGAUUGCUGGGAAGAAGUGGCAGGCGGACAAAACUCAGGAACUCAAGGUCUUGACACAUUGCAAUACAGGGUCUGCACAAUCCUUGGCAACUGCAGGGUAUGGCACGGCCCUGGGAGUGAUACGUUCGUUGCGAGCUGCGAACAGCCUCACCAGGGCAUUUUGCACCGAAACUCGGCCGUACAAUCAAGGUUCACGUUUAACGGCGUAUGAACUCGUCCAUGACGAGAUCCCGGCGACCCUGAUCACCGACUCAAUGGCAUGUGCACUACUGGCUAAGGAGGGAGAAAAGCUGGCUGCAAUAGUUGUUGGGGCCGAUCGGGUGGCCGCAAACGGAGAUACGGCGAACAAGAUUGGGACAUAUUCUCUAGCAGUCCUGGCCAAACACCAUGGUGUCAAAUUCUUGGUCGCUGCUCCCAGAACGACCAUCGAUCUCGCAACGCCAUCGGGAGAGGAUAUCAUCAUAGAGGAACGAGCUCCAGAAGAGGUGACCAGGAUCAAGGGACCGAAAGUGACGGCAGAUGGAAAGUUAGUACUCGAUCAGGAAGCAGAGUUGAUCAGCACUGCAGCGGUUGGAAUCGAUGUCUGGAACCCUGCGUUUGAUGUAACUCCAGCCCAGCUCAUCGAUGGAGUAAUAACCGAAGUGGGUGUGGUGGAGAAGCAUGACGGCAAGUUUGACUUUGGGUCCAUAUUCGGACAACCCUGA